ACGGAGGGGGAACACUAGAAUAGCGUAGUUUCACUGGGGAUAACUUUACGUGUUGCACAACAUGUGACGUUCCUCAGUGUCUAUAGACUGACGGCUUGGAUCGUGUGGCGAAAACAUUUUUGUUUGUUGCUAAAACCUGUAUUGCAGUUUGAUUUGCGAAGUUAUUGCGCUAACCCGCACAGGACGUGACGUAUUGUGACCCGUUUAUAUACAUUCUUGAUCUUGUUGCUGAUUCUCGGGCGGUUUCUUUUGGCGUUUCACUCUCAGCUCAGUCGUCAACGCAGCAAACAUGGAUCCUGACGUAGCUCUGAGGCUGUUUGAGGAGGGAGCCACCCUGGUUCUGCUGGGUGUCCCACAGGGCACAGAGCUGGGGAUUGACUGCAAGAGUUGGCAGGUGGGUCCUCGCUUCCGUGGAAUUAAGAUGAUUCCACCUGGCCUGCACUUUCUUCACUAUAGUGCUGGAAACCCAUCUCAGAGCAGAGGUGAAAUCUUCCUAAAGACGGGGUUCUUCCUCUCCCUCAGACCCCGUGAAAUCCUCUUGGCAAAAUGGGAUCCCAAAGAGGAAGAUCUGGAUUUUUCAGCUUCCAAAAACCAAGAAGAGGUAGGUAGGAUUCAGGCGUCUUUACAGGAGUUGGAUCCUUAUCUUGGCCCCUAUCCGUAUGACAUGAUGAGGAAGUGGGUGUCACUUACCAAUCACCUGAGCAAGGAGUUGGUCCAAAACCUGCAGCCUUUGUCUGGUAGGAUAAGUUCCUACUGUGACAUCAUCCCUGAAGUGGAGUUCAGACACACCGAAGACAGAGCACAGCAUCCCAGGAACGAUACGGCGUGUACAAGCAUGAAAGAAGGGCUGGAGCGGCUGCCACGGAUGAAGCAGAGAGAGGGAACCGAACUGAGAUUCUCCGCUAUCCCAAAGAAGACAUACCCUCCAGGAGCAACGCCCGCCCAGAUCACUCAGUGCAGCCUGGACCUCAGCUACGCUCUGGAAACUGUGCUGAAGAACUACGGACCUCAGCCUCAUCACAUUCUAGGUGAGCUGCAGUUUGCCUUUGUAUGUUUCCUGGUUGCUAACGUCUACGAGGGAUUCGAGCACUGGAAGGGUCUGCUGGCACUGCUUUGUCGGUCAGAGGAGGCCAUGGUGAAGCAGAAGGAACUCUACCUGGAGCUGAUUGCUGUUCUCUACCACCAGCUAGGAGAAAUUCCCACCGAUUUCUUCGUAGACAUUGUGUCUCAAGAUAACUUCCUCACUGCAACGCUACAGGACUUUUUCCAGUUCGCCCGUGGGUCCAGUGUAGACGGAACACUACGUAAGAGAGCAGAGAAGUUUAAGGGUCACCUGACCAAGAAGUUUGCUUGGGAUUUUGAUAUGGACAUGGAUGACUGUGCUCCUGUGGUAGUGGAUCUUCCUGAAGAAUUCACUCUGGAAUAAAUUUGCCUCGUGUUGUAUGGAUACCUAACCACCAGCAGGGAGCAUAACUGUAAGAUCUGAAGUCCAGGCAUACCAUAACAUGUACUUUAAAAUUACUGUAUGUACACUUACCAAAAAAGUAACUGAUAUCAUUCCCCAGUAGGUGAAGAGCAAAGAAGCACAUAACCAUCUUAGCUGAGGCUCGUAUGUCACGACGAUGGAUGUUCUCCAUUGGUCUGAAAGCUGGUAUUUAUUCAUUGCAAAUAAAUUGUCUUGUUCCUCAAUGCUAAAAUGACAGGGAGAACAAUUAAAUUCUCUUCCCCUAGAUGGCAGAGGAGGGCAAAUGAACCUGUGUAUCUACCUGUUGUCAUUCAGACAACCAGGAAAGUUGUCUUUCCUUUAGAUUUGCUGAUUAUGUUCUGCUUGAUGACGUGAAAACAUGCUCUAAAAUACACUGCUGCCCUCUUGCUGCUACUGAUGGAAACGCAUCAAAAUACUCGUACUCUUACAUAAGAUCUGGAAACCACAUAAAAAAAUCCCUUCUCAGAAAAUAACUCUCAGCUCCUCCUGAACCAGGGUCACUGCCAACUGCUCCCCCUUCCCCUCCCUAAGGAGGAGCACAAACAAGCAGCUGCAGGGAUUUAUGUUUGAAUUUGAAACUAAAAAUCUCAACCUGUUAGUAAUUUAAGGAGAUUUCAUGGCAAACUUGAAUGAAUGAAAUUAACACAGUGAAAAUGAAUCACUUACUCACGUUAGAGGAAUUCAGAAGUUAUCUGCACCAGUGGUUCCCCAGGAAUCAGAUUUAAAAACACUGCAGCAUAGUUCAAAACUGAACACCACUGAGUAUGUGUAUGUGUACGGACCAGUUGUAUUGUUCCUUUAUUGUACAGUUUCAGGUCUGAGUUUGCUGUUGACUGUUCAUACCGGUCAAACCUCUGGUACUGGGGUCGUACAUGGAGUAAAACGUUUGAGGAGAACGUUAGAUAAAUAAAUAAGGUACAUAUGCAAUAAAGCACGAAAACAGUGCUAAAGUACUGCUAACACACCACAUGCUAUCCACCAGCACUAAUGACAUCCCAGUACCAAUAACAGUUAAUUUAUCAAAAUGCAUGUUCUCAAUUCUCAAGAACCUAUCACACCUUAUCAGCGUUUUACAGCAUUAGCUACACACUGGUCGGCCAAUCCCAAGUCUUUUUCUACUGCACUUCAAUCACUGUCCUCAUUGGCUCGUCGUUCUAGUUCUAGGUUAACAGAGUCAGCAGUUUGGAUGAAUGUUGACUUCAGAGACUGACUGUCAGAUCACUUCUGUUAUGAUAGGACCUAUUUAAUAAAAGAGCUGAAGAGCAGCCUUAGCUCUGAAUAUGUCUCCCCCAGAGGAUAGAUUAGGAGUUUACAUCUGACCAAGUUGUUCACAUUUGUUUAACCAACAUUGACUUCAUUUGUUUAUUAAAUAGUUCUAAAUAGUUCCACACAGUGGUGAGCAGGAGACUGUUUGUUCUUUCUGUUCUAGGUUUAAUUUUAUUAAUUUUUUACAUUUAAUGUUAAAUUUUAUUUUCUAUUUAAUGAGAAGAAAAUAAAGGUUUUUCCUGUUCA